CAGUACGCAAUUGGACCCUGAACCUGAGAGAUCCUGCUGACAGUCUGACCAAUAAGGCUGCUCUUCUGGAAAGAGACGCUUCUUUUUGGCUCAUUCUUACUCAAUAAACAGAACAAACCUGGAACCACGAAACCAGGAGGGAGCGUUUGGACAAAUAGCCCACUUUAAGGAUGCAGGACGGGAGUUGGAAUCAGCCACUCCCCAUCUCUCUGCUGCUGAAGGACCCGGCAGGAGGCGGGACUUUGGAGGGCGAUGGGGGGGUGUUUUCUGAGGCUUCCUCUGAUGGGGAACUCUACUUGGACUCAGUGACAGAGCUGGAUUCUGGAGAUGGGGACUUUGCAGAUCUUACUGCCUUCUUGAGUGCAGAGGAGAUUCAUCGUAGCCUGGACCUGGCCCUGGAGGCCAUUGGUGACACAUUUGAAUCUGAAGAUCCAGGCCCCUCUAAUCCUACAUCCCAGGAGCAGGCUCUCCCCUCCCCUCCUGUGCCCCCCCAGACUACUGAAAACCUCACCACAAGCCCAAACCUGCAGCACCAGACCAAAGCCCCCUGCCCAGAUGACAGUGCAGCAGUUGAAGUCUCUUCCAGCCAGAAUGUGGCCAUCAGCAAACCAGUACAGGCGUCCAGUGAGGCUCCUGCCUCUGCUGAGAAGGUCGUCCGCCACAAACCCAUCCUGCCGGUUUAUAAGCAGGAUAAACCCAGGCUGGUUCACGAAGGCCUGGAGCUGAAUGAUCGGGCAGCUUCUGCCACAGAGUUCUGUAGCCGAGCCGCCACGUUCAUCGAGGAGCUGUCAUCCAUCUUUAAAGGUUCUGCUCGUUUGGAGCAGCAGGUGGAGGAGGACUCCUCCUCUCCUGAUAGUGGCUAUCUGACUCCAAGGAGUAAGCGACCAGUCCCCCAGGGCUCAGUCUCUGCUCCUUCUCUGCCUCCAGGCCAGCAAGAGGAGACGCAGUACAGCCAGUCAGCCACAAGUCUGGAGCAUCAACCUGGAGGCUUGACGGAAGUGGCAGCUUCUGGAAAGUACCAAAACUCUGGAACUCCAACCACACAUGGACCGCUGUCUCCACCCUGCUUCCUCCAGAAGCUGAAGAGUCAGGAGGUGGCAGAGGGAAGCCCUAUUCGUCUGGAAUGUAGAGUCAUAGGAAACCCCCUGCCGCUCGUCAGGUGGUUCUGUGAAGGCCGUGAGCUGCACAACUCUCCUGACAUACAGAUCUGGAGGGAUGGUGACCUGCACACACUGGUGAUUGCUGAAGCCUUUGAGGACGACACAGGACGUUACACCUGCGUGGCUUCCAACAGUAUCGGAGCGGACAAUACCUCUGCUGAGGUUUACAUCGAAGGAGUUUCAUCAUCAGACUCAGACGGAGAGGGAGCUGUGUCAAAGUCCAGAUCAGGAACUAUGCCUCAAGUUCAGAAGAAGACUACUUCAAUGUCCCUGACGAUACGCUCAUCGUCACCCAAAACCCCCGAGGUCCUUCCUCGUCGCUCUACCCUGGUCCAGUCCCUGUCUACUCCCCCACAACGGAUGCAGAGCCCAGUAUCGUCACUGUAUGGUGGUGAGGUGUCAGGUCCUCCUGUAUUUACCAAGCUGCUGCAGGAUGCCCAGGCCUCCGAGGGCCAGGUGGUGGUUCUGGAGUGCAGGGUCCGUGGAGGCCCUCCUCUGCAGGUCAGAUGGUCCCGUCAGGGAGAGGAGAUCCUGGACUCCCCCGAUUUUCGUAUUCUACAGAAAAAGCCUCGAUCUGCAGCUGAGCCAGAGGAGAUCUGCACCUUGGUGAUAGCUGAGGCCUUUCCAGAGGACGGAGGUCUAUUCUGCUGCACUGCGUCCAACCCGUAUGGCUCUGUUAACAGCACAGCCCAGCUCACAGUCACUGCAGGAGUUGAGGACUCAUCCAGUAAUGGCAUGUCUGGUGAUAGCUCAGGGUUUGAGGAUGUGGCAGCCUUCCCCCCUCCUCCCCCACCGACAGAAAUCAGCCUCCUAGAGCUGCCACCCAAGAUGCUGCCUCAGCCCGGUGGUUUUCUUAUCAAGGAGCUCGAGAUCUGGCCCGGUGUGUCAUCCCUGCCUCCAGUGCAGAUGGGCUCCGAGGUGGAGGACAAGGAUAAGGGGAAAGGGUCCAUGCAGAAUGGCCAACCCCCAAAUCCACCAUCACCACCUAAAACGAGCACCCCGCCACCACCACCCCCACCUCCACCUCCACCUCCGCCACAGUCUGAGCCUGCGACAGAUGUCCCAGUCACAGCCCAAAGUCCAGCCCAGGUGGCACCACACUCUCCUCCAUCCACAGGCAAGCUGUCUCCGUCCCCUGGGAAGGACGGUCCCCCGCUGCCUACCAAGCCUAAACCAAAGCUGAACGCGUCUCAGCUGAAGCAGCUGCAGGAUCAGAUUCUACUGGAGCAACAGGAAGCAGCCAACUGGCAGCAGCAGCAGGAACAGCAGAACCAGGAAGUCCCACCUCCACCUCAGCUACCAUCUCAGGAAGUGCCUCCACCUGCCCCGUCAUCUCCACCUCUUCCACCUCCUCCCUCCUUCCAGGAGUUGGAGAGCAGCGCAACCAUGCAGGCGAGCACCUUCAACUACGCCCGGCCCAAGCAGUUCAUUGCUGCUCAGAGUCCCAGUGGAGCGGGCUACGUCACCCAGUCCUCUGGCUCCUCAGGGUCCAGCCUGUCCUCCCCCCUGUCUCCUCCCACCUCACAUAAGCCUUUCACCAGGGUCACCGUGCCCCCCUUCACCAAGGCCAGCAGUGUGGAGUCUCCGAGCUCUCCUUCCUUCCCACCUCCACCUCCGCCCUUCUUCGGUUCCAGUAACCUGUCCUCUCCAUCAGGCCCCGUCCAAGACUUUCCACCACCUCCACCUCCUCCCCCUCCGCCCAUGCCCAUGUCUCCACCCCUCUCAGAUAUGUCCUCGCCAUUCUCCUCCGUCCCUCCAUCUCCAGCCUCCAGCUUCCUGUCCUCAGUGUUGCCCUCCACGCCUUCCUCACCCGGCAGUCCUACAGUCAACGCCCUGGGCCUUCCUAAAGGCAACGGCACUGUCAAAGCGUUCCCCAGGAAGUCCUCAGUCACCAAGACGCCCCGCAUGGCCUCUGACUCGGACAUCCAAGGAUCCAAGGACGCUGUCAUCCAGGACUUGGAGAGAAAACUGCGCUUUAAAGAGGAGCGCAUAAGCAAUGGUCAACAGAGGUUAACCUAUGAGGAGAAGAUGGCUCGCAGACUGCUGGGUGCCGACAACGCUGCCACAGUCUUAAACACACAGGAGACAGAGGAGGAGCCGGUCACACAGGAAAUCAAGCCAUCUCCCCAUUUUCCGCAAAAGGAAUACAAAGUGUCCAGCUUUGAGCAGCGCCUGAUCAGUGAGAUUGAAUUUCGUCUGGAGCGUUCUCCCGUGGAGGAAUCAGACGACGACGUGCAGCACGAUGAAGACUCAGCCGGGAAGGGGGUGGCACCAUCCUUCGACCAGAAGCUCAAACACUACAAAGUCUUCGAGGGCAUGCCAGUCACCUUCUCCUGCAAGGUCCACGGAGACCCCAAACCAAAGGUCUACUGGUUCAAAGAUGGCAAGCAGAUCUCCAAAAGAAGCGAGCACUACAGGAUCAGCCGUGACGCUGAUGGUACCUGCUCUCUGCACACUGCUGCAGCUUCACUGGAUGAUGACGGCAACUACACCAUCAUGGCAGGCAACCCUGAGGGCCGGGUGAGCUGCACCGGCAGGAUGAUGGUCCAGGCUGUGAACCAGCGAGGCCGAAGCCAACGCUCCACACCCGGACACAUGCGCAGGCCCAGGUCCAGGUCUAGAGACAGCGGCGAUGAGAACGAUAACAUCCAAGAGCGUCACUUCCGCCCCCACUUCCUGCAGGCGCCCGGUGACCUCAUCGUCCAGGAGGGCCGACUGUGCCGGAUGGACUGCAAGGUGAGCGGCCUGCCCACUCCUGACCUCAUCUGGCAGCUGAACGGGCAGACCAUCCGCCCUGACUCCGCCCACAAGAUGCUGGUGAGGGAAAACGGUGUGCACUCACUGGUCAUCGAACCCGUCACCAGCCGUGACGCGGGCAUCUACACCUGCAUCGCCAGCAACCGAGCUGGGCAGAACUCCUUUAACCUGGAGCUCAUUGUUGCAGCCAAAGAGAUGCACAAGGCGCCUUCGUUCGUCGAGAAGCUGCAGAACACAAGUGUGGCUGAGGGUCAUCCUGUGCGACUGGAGUGUCGUGUCACAGGGGUUCCCUACCCACAAAUCUUCUGGAAGAGAGAGAAUGAGUCAUUCACUCACAACACAGACAGAAUCAGCAUGCAUCAGGACAACUGUGGCUACCUGUGUAUGAUCAUCCAGCCAGCCAUGAAAGAAGAUGCUGGCUGGUACACUGUGUCAGCCAAGAAUGACGCCGGCAUUGUAUCCAGCACUGCACGCCUUGAUGUCCACGCUCAGUGGCAACAGCCUAACCUCCCCAAGCCCAAGAAGGUGCGUCCCUCCACCAGCCGCUACGCCGCACUGACAGAGAGAGGGCUGGACGUGAAGGCGGCCUUCUUCCCCGACUCCAGCCCGCUGCCGCCCGGUGGCCUGGUGGAAAGUGACGACCUGUAGAGACCACAGGGAGUUCACCCCCCCAGAAAAACCCUUCAAGCUGCCCUUGUUCCCAGCACUCCUGAGACAAAUACUUUAUGACGGCGACGAGGGGCAGAACAAAACCUUGUCCACCUGAGGGACUCUAUCAUUGAACUAAAGGGUCGGUGGGCAGUGAGCCGGUGCAACCGCGGUUUUCAUAUGUUUUUAUAGUAUGACACAAUCUAUUAUACUACAGAAUUCAUCGAGUUGUUUUCCCAUGCUUCGUUUUAUCAACUGGACCUGGACAAUGAUUGAAGUGUUUACCACGAGGAAAGACUGUUCAUAAAUACGCUCUCUUAUGUUUCUGUACGGUUGAUUCUGUUUUUGCAAAGGGUUGUCUGUUUAAGUGCCUCUUAUGACUGUAAAGAACAAAAAACAGGUUUAAAAAUGAAACCUAGAAUUACUAUGCAUGUUCAAGUGGUGCCAUUUAAUAUACACAGACUAAUACUGUAUCUGUACGUAGCACUCCACCAGCACUGUUUAAAAGUGGACCUGCGGGAGAGACUUAAAAAGAGACUGAAUGAUUCAAAGCAUUGUAGCUUUGACGAAGGAGAUCAUUAUUAUGUGGGCUUGUGCAGCACAGUUUGCAGUUGCAGUAUCAUACAGUCUCAGUGUUGUCAUAGAUUUGCUUAUCGGAAAAGGCCGGGCCUUACAAACAGGAUGUUUUUUUUAGCAGGGGAAAUGAGGUUUGGGAAAGAGGACGCUCACAUAUGGAUGAGAUUUGUUUGUUUGUUUGUGGGUGCUGCAGAAUUUAAGGAGGUUGGAUUAACAGACACAGGAAGAGACAGCGAUGGAAACAAGCAGGUUUUUCUGAUGGACAUUUAAUAUGAUAAGUUCAUUCUUAAUAGAGGGAUUUGAGUAACUGUGGUGAUAUCAAAAAUGGAAGAUAAUGGAAAACUGGUGAUGGAGGUUCAUUUUUGUGAUUUUUUUUUUUUUCUUUGAUGGUUUAUUUUAAAAGGGUGUAUUGAAAUGUUCUCACUGGAGAGAGGGUGCUGUGAAAGGUUUCAGUGUAUUUGUCACACACAUCACAGAUUGUCCAUUUUAUUUUUGUAUGAAAAAAAAUUCCCAACAAUCCUGACAUAAAUUAUAUCAGCAACCUUUUGUUCACUGACAAAACAAUCCUAUCUGUAUCAUGAAGUUUUAUAAAUAUAUUUACUGCCUUAAAUCACUUUCAGGCUUAAUGCAAACACAAUUUCUUUGCAUGUUAUUUUUGGACACUUAUACAGUGCCAAACGACUGUUUCCAGGAUGUAUAAAAACUUUUUUUCCCCCCACUAUUCAGGGGUACAAAACACUCUAAGCUGGUAGAAAGUGAAAGCAAGUUAUAUUUAUAUCUACUAUUUUCGUCACCUCUGUAACUCUAUACAAAGUGGACAUCUUCUUCUGUCUGUUCGGAGCUUGCAUCAGCUGACAGUUACUGUGUUUGCACAUUUCUAUGCCAAUCAAUGCCUGUAUAUGGAUUGUUCUCCUGAUAUUAUUUUAGGUUAUGAAAGUUAAUAAAAUCAAACUCUUCAGAGACA